AUUCCAUUACUUAAUUCUUGCAUAAGUCCAAUUCACAACACUUUUCUUGCUUUUUAUUUGAGUUGGCGCAAGCUAAUUAAUUCGCACGUCAUUCCUUUCCGCUAGCGGUGCCCGUACUGCCGCCACUAGUUUUUGUCAAUAAUUAUAAGCGCACGGGCCAGUUUCGUAGAUAUUACUAUACUUAUAGAUACAUCGCUACCGUUAGACUGCAUCAGCUGAGCGCCUAUUCAUACGAAUAACAUUAAUUUACGCACGAUCUUUAUUUACGUCCGCACCAAUUAGAUUUUUUCAUAGGCCCUUAAUUAUUUUUCCUACCCACAAUGGCUGAAAAAUUAAUUAAACAGCGCGGCUCCGUAAAGGCUAAGCUUACUAGUUUCAGCAAUUACAUGACAGUUAUAAAAAGCUGCAAACAACUCUCGGACCUACAGGUUCUCGAACUUGAAGGUCGAUUUAAUAAAUUUGAAAGCUUACAUGAUGAAUUUAAUGAUUUACAGACCGACAUUGAGCUGCUAUCAGACAAUCCAGAGGAGGCCUAUGCCGAGCGCUUCAAAUUCGAAGACACCUUUUAUCCGCUGGUUGCACAGGCAAGAAAGCUCCUGGAGGCCAGUCAGCAACUUCAGAACAAGCUUUCUGCAGGUUCCGUAUCAGGCUCCGAGGUAUCAGCUGUGGUGAGAGUGGUGAGCGACAAAGGUCAAAGGUACAGCGCCAGAGUCCUGCUCGACAAUGGUAGUACAGCUCACUUUGUUACUGACGCCGUGUGUACCAAGCUCGGAUUGUCCCGAGUUGGCAACAGUUCCAAGGUUACAGGUGACUGACAACGGCAACAUUACCAGAUUGGAGCGAUUCCAAAGAGUGGAGUUCAUAAGACAACAUUUCUGGAAGAGAUUUAACACAGAAUAUAUAUCUUUGCUACAGCAGAAAACAAAAUGGUCCACAUCCAAA